GACUCGGAGGGCCCGCGCGGUUCCCCGCAGCCCCGCUUUUUCUCCCCAGCCAUGAGCAGCGUGGUGAGGACGGAGCCGCUGCGCGGGGCCGAGCCCCCUUGGCUGGUGCUCGGCGACCCCUACUCCGUGGUGGUUCUCCUGCAGGGCUACACCGAGCCCGAGGGGCCGGGCCCCGCGGUGCGCGCCGACGGCUCCGUGACGCUGGUGCUGCCGCGGUCCUGGGCUCCGGCCUCCGGCCGCCGGGCGGCGCUGUCGACAGCCGACUGCGCGGAGGCCGCCCUGGAGGAGGCGGCGCGGGGCCCCGUGCUGGUGGACACCGGGGGCCCCUGGGCUCGGGAGGCGCUGCUGGGCGCCCUGGCGGGCCAGGGCGUGGCCCCGGCGGACGUGGCUCUGGUGGUGGGGACGCAUGGACACUCGGAUCACAUCGGGAACCUGGGACUGUUUCCGGGGGCGGCUCUGCUGGUCUCGCACGACUUCUGCCUCCCUGGGGGCCGCUACCUGCCCCACGGCCUGCGCGAGGAGCGGCCGCUGCGCCUGGGACCCGGCCUCGAGGUGUGGGCCACGCCGGGCCACGCGGGCCGGCGCGACGUGAGCGUGGCGGUGGCGGGCACCGAGCGGGGCACCGUGGUGCUGGCGGGGGACGUGUUCGAGCGCGAGGGGGACGAGGACGCGUGGCGGGCGCUGAGCGAGGACCCCGUGGCCCAGGAGCGCAGCCGAAGGCGGGUCCUGAGCACCGCGGACGUGGUGGUGCCCGGCCAUGGGGCCCCCUUCAAGGUGGUCAGGGAGGCCUCGUGGGCCGCGGACGCCGAGAGUUGCGGGGACGGCCGGCCAGAGCCAAGGACCAGAGCAAGAAGCUUGGUCCUUCUGGUCUUCCUGGGGACGUCUCCAAAAGGGACAGAGGUGCGGUGGCCACCAAUGUCACCCAGCCUAUCUCUGCAACCAAAUCAGGGACCAAGGACUGGCCCACCUCCACGGGCGUCCUCUGUGCGCCUCAGGAAAAGCACAGGACGCUCCUACUGGGAUCGUGCUGUUCGGAUGUAAAUGUACACAGUGAUCACCGUACACUUACAGGACUCCACAGCAGCGAUCAGGGAACACGGGCCAGUUGCCGCUUUCCCCAAGGCAUCGGUUGCUGAGUAGACUCAUUCACCUGGCCUGGGUGCUGUUUC